GCUCCAACCUACAGGCCUGGCCCAUCUUGUUUGGUGCCAAUGCCAUUGCAAGUUUCCAAGUUUUAACUUUCCUUCCUGCGCAAUGGAGGUGGAAGAAGGCUUCAAUUCAAACGACUCUUUCAUCUGCAGAGCAGCUUAGCCAUGGUCGAAGCAAAGAAGAAAGACACUGCAAGUAACACAGAAGAAGACCGCAUUAGCAGCUUACCUGAUGAACUUCUUUGUCACAUUCUUUCCUUCUUGCCAUCAACACUACAAGCUAUGAGAACUUCCGUUUUAUCAAAAAGAUGGCGUCGUCUUUGGACGCACGUUCCAAACAUCACUUUCCCUUUCAAAUUCGUCCCAUUAGUCUUUUACUACGACCUCAAAGAAUACCGUCAACGAGCCGCCGUAUUGAUUGAUAAUACUUUGAAGCCUUAUUCUGCCUCCAAGAUCAAGAAAUUCUGCAUCCAAUUUUCCGCAGAUUUGAUUGGCUUGGGUCCACGAAUGGAUUCUUGGGUCCGUUUCGCCGUGGAAAGGGACGUGGAGGAUCUUACUUUGGAAUUUUCUUUCGACAAAACAAUACGCAGGUUGGAUAUCAAAGGAUUAACAGGUUACUGGUUGCCCCAAUUCUUUUACCAAAAUUCUUGGUUGCGUAAUUUGAAGACUGAUUUUUGUGAGUUUGAGCCUGAUGGGAGAGUCUUAUGGUCAUCACUGAAGGAUUUGAGUAUAGGGCAUGCUAUUUUGACUGAUGAAGUGAUGCAAAAUAUUCUAGAUGGAACUCCUGUACUUGAAUCCUUGAAAUUGGUCACUUGCAAUGGAAUUCAUAGGCUUGAUCUUUCUUUGAAUUCUCAUUUGAAGGAGUUAGUAGUGAUACAUCAAGCUGCUCCUUACGUUAAUGACGAUGAUACUGUGCUUGAAAUUGCAGGUCCUCACCUUAAGAGUUUGGUAAUUAUGGGUUUUUGGUUUAUGAAGAAGUGUAAGUUGAUGAAUAUGUCAUCUUUGAUCAAGGCUACCCUAGAUUUUGAGGUAGGAAAAAGUCUUCAUGUAAGGAGGAAUGAUUUCUUAGAGAAGAGUCGAAAUAUUGUCGAGGAGUAUCUUCGCAAUGUUGAUCAUGCUAGGGAACUAAAACUAGGAAGUUGGUGCAUUCAGGUUCUAUCAACAUUGAGGAUGGUAAAUUUUCUGCUUUCUCCAUCGUUCAGUCGCAAAUGCUUAAUUCUUGAUGUUGACAGUUUCAGUAACCAGUACAUCCCUGGGAUAGCAAAUCUACUUUGCUGUUCAUAUAACCUAAAUGAAUUGGUUAUAAAUAUGUGCCCUGACAUCACAUGUAAAGAGUUCUAUGCUGUCUCAGACUUAUCCAAUUCUGAUGAUUUUGGGGAGAAAUAUUGGAAGUCACUGAAGAUAAUUUUAGGGCAUUUGUGGUUGCAUCUCAAGACUGUCAAGAUAUCCAGACUUAUGGAAACAGAAAGUGGUUGUAGCUGUGAACGUGCGUUUGCAUUUCUGGGGUUUCUGCUCAAGAAUGCAAGUGUGCUGGAGAAGAUGAUUAUAUAUCGUUCGCAUGUUGGAUAUUGGUGCUGUAAUCUAGAUGUUAUCUAUAUGGCCUUCCAAUUGUUAAGUCUCCCAAGGUGUUCUCCUCAUGCUGAGGCCCGGCCCAUCUUAUUUGCUGCCAUUGCAAGUUUCCAACUUUUAACUUCCUACGCAACAGAAAAGGAAUAAGCGUUCAAUUCAAACGGCUCUUUCAUUUACAGAGCAGCCAAGCCAUGGUCG